UACUCUCUUUCUUUCUUUCCUGCUUUCUUUUCCCAUUAGCUAUGUCUUUCUUCCUUUCGUUUGUUUUUAUAUGGCUAGGGUAUUUCUUUUUCGUUUUUCCUUUUUCUUUCUUAGUAAAUUAAUUGUUGAUUUUUGAUUGUGUGUGGGUGUUGCAGCGGCUGUGUCAAUGACGGAAUUUCAAGGAGUUGGUGGUGGUGUAGUUGCGCGAUUUCGAAGAGUUAAUGGUGGUGUUGUUGCGCGAAUUUGCGGAGCUGAUGGUGGUGUAUAUGCCCAAUUUGAAGGACCUGGUGGUGGUAUUUGUUUGGAUCUGGUUGUUUUGUGCUAUAAGGGAAAAAAAAUAAUAAUUGUAGGUGUAUGCACUUGGAGCUGGCUGUGCUGGUAAAAUUAAUUGCAGCUACUGAUGUGGGGAAGCUAACACAGUUGAGGAGUCCCAAGAAAGAGCAGCUCAAAAAGCUGUGCAGAAAUUGAUGAACCAGUUUGGGGUGCGGGUGAAUGAUUUUACAUCCGAUAGAGCAAGGAUGUAUCAGCUAUGCAGUAAGCUUUUUAAGCAUAAGGUGGUUGAGUUAUGUAGUGAAAAAGGGAUAGUGAUGCCUGGUGCACAGAAGAUUUUGGGCAAAAAACCAUCUGGUGAUGUUGUUCAUGUGACGAUUGACUUUGUAGGCUUUUUAGGAGCUGUUGUUACAAGGACUGGAGCAGAGGUGAGUCCAUUAGAGACUAUUUGGGUUGAAAAUUUGGGCUUUGUGUCUUGGCUAACAGUGUCUUGCCCACAUAAUGGAGGUGAAAUGGAAUGCAUAUAUAGUGAUGCUUGUCCUGAGUUAGCUGAUGCGAGGCAAAAGGUUGCCAAAAGAACUAUUCAUUACUUGGUGACUAAGUAUAAUCUAGAGAUCAUUGAUGCUAAUUAUGGUGCAAUUUCGGAGAAGCAUGUUGCUUGCAGUGCUCUAAAGAGAAGGUUUUACCAAUUAAAGGAGCAUUUGGCUGCCAGAGAGGAAAACUUUGCUACUGAUGAAUGCUUGACUCCUACUUCUGAGAGGUUUCAGAUCCCUAAGAUUGGUUUGCCUCCAGCUGCUCCAGUUAAAAGACGUUCGGUUACAGCAUUAGAUGCAGCAUCUUCUUCUACUGUUAGAGUUGCUGAACCUUUGGUUUCUGGCAUACCUGAAUUAGAGACUGUAUGGAAGCGGGCAAAGUUUGUUUAGCCUAUAUGGAGACUUACAUUAGUAUUUUGGGUAGAAAGUUGUAUGCCUGGAUAUAGGUGUUUAGAUUUAGCAUUGAUAUAUGCUUAUUAUCUUUCCUUUUGUCUUAGAGCCUAGGUCUAUGAGUAGUAAUGGCUGAAAUUUUUCAUUAGAAAACAGACUUGAAGGCUGUAAUUGAAAUAUAAUGUAAUGUGUAUCUUGAGUAAUGAAUGGAUUAACUUUUUAUUGUAGUUCU